CUUAAUUAACCAGGUAAAAAGUAUGCUUUGAGCUGGUAUGUACUGUAAUACAAAAGUUCUUAAAACAACACAUGGUUAGACUGUAUGACGUAUACCUAUCCCGAAAAAUAUAGGUAAUUCUGUAACCUGUUUCAUAUCAUAUAAUGUGUGCGGUGUCUGCAGGGCGGUAAAUAUUAUUUCUAUGUUUACUAUGUGUUUUUAUACUAAUAUACCAUUUGUAUGUUGCAGCUCGUCCAGUCAAACCGAUAACUCCACUAGCGCCGCCGGAGCAAGAGAGAGCUCCUCCGCCGGACCCCAUUCCACCGAAACCACCGGAACCUUUUAAACCUGAAGAGCCCAUAUUUGAGAAACCUGCAUUUCUUCCAGCAAAACCAAUCCCACAUUCUCCAAAGAUAUCUCCAUCAUCAAUCCCCAAUCCUAAUCCCAGUGUAAUGACGCCAAAACAGGUGGAUGGAUAUCCAAACUUCGGCAGUUACCUCUACUCCAUACCAGGAUACUCGGCAUUUCAACCUAUUAGUUCAGUUUCAUACCCGCCUAUAGUCCAGCCGACCCCGCCUCCCGCAGUGCAGAACGAGACACCCAAUCAGGAAUUUAAUCCUUUCCCAACAAAACCUAAAGAAACGCCUACACCUGUUGUUGAAGAAAAAAGUACUGACACAGAGCCACCAAAAGAGACACUAAAACCACAGACUGACUUCGAAGAGCAUUUUACACCUGAAAUAAUAACAGCGACAUCUAUCCCUGAGAGCAACAAAACACAUACAACUGAGUCAAAGAUGAGCAUAACAUCGCUAGCACAGGGAUCAGGAGCCACGGUCACUAUUCCAUCGCAAAUACCAAAUAAAGAAUUUAAGAAGAAACCUGAAAGGUUUAGUUUAAAAACUAGUAUACCAAUAAGCAAGAUCGAUAUGAAAUGUGUCAGUAAUCCACCCGAUACUGCCUUUCAAAAUUCUUUGGCAAAGAAAACUUUUAAUCCUGCUUUUACCAAAGAUCCACCGAGAGUUGAAAUACAGAGUAAUAUUGUGAUAAAGACAGCAACUAAAGAACCUGAAGUUAAGGAGGUGAAACCGAGCGUCUCAUCAAGUAACAGCAUGUGCACUUUGAUCAAUACUGCAGAGACUGCUAACAAAACUGAAAACCAGUUUCGUGUACCCGAACCUAAAGUAGAUACACCAGCUGAAGUGAAAGAACCUCCUGCAAUACAAAGACCUUUAUUUAAUCCCAUCAAUAUAGAAGCCAGCAAAGUGAAUUUCAGUAAACCUCCAGAUCCACCGUAUAAUGAACAGAAAAAUCAAAUAGUAUUUAUACAAAACAAGAGCAACUCGAACUCAAAGAUGUUGGUCACGAUACAACAACAGAACCCACAAGUUUUAUUACAAAGAACUAACUUCGAGUCAAAAAACCUGCAAGCUCCUUCACGACUGUCAAACCAAAGUAAGAAAUGUAUCGAAGACGUUGUCAAUGAAAGUACGGCGUCGAAAGUGGUCGCACUCAAGAGGCUGCACCAGGAGAACUGCGACGAGAACGAUUUCGAGAAUUUGAUCACUGAGAAUCAAAUCUAUGGUAACAAGAUAGUCGUGAAGGAGAAAUCUCAAGGCACAUUGCAAGAACAAGAUUUAAAAGCGAAAAAGAUGACAGAAAAAGUCACGCCACCGGAAACUAAGAAUGUUGUAUUACAACCAAACUUUGUAUACUUGAGCAACGUUCAGUUUCCUAACUUGAUGAUGAUCAAAAAUAAUUCAAAAGUUACACAAACAUCUGACUCAAAUAAAGUUCAAAAAAUUGCUCCAAAAGAAAAUAAAACUGUACCUGAAAUUACUACUGUAAAGAGCUCUGAAAGUAACUCUGAAAUAAAAACCACAAAGCCAAGUAUAACUGUGAGUAAAGAAAUUCAUGUAUUAAAAUCUAGCAACAACGUGUUGCAAACUCUGUCAAAUAAAACUAAGCCUGAUAUUGUUAUCCAAGCUAAUCCAAAAGUUAUAGUAAGUCCACAAAUAGUGUAUCAAGUACCGAUUACAUCAAUCGUGGAAACUGAUAAAGUUAACCAACCAUUCAAAAAACGAGACUAUCCAAAAUUCAUAGCACCCAAGAAGGAAGCGCCUAAAAAACUAGAUCAAACCAAAACAAAUGACAAAUUAUACAUAGCCUGUCCUUAUCAAAUGGAUUCCAAAUUGCAGCCCAAAAUUGUCAUCACAAAUAUUCGACCAAAAAUAAAUAAAAUAGACGAAGUCAGUUCUUUGGAUGUUUAUGAAAAACGAAAACGAUUGAGGCGUCUCAAGUAUUUGUCUAAUCGAGAAAACAAGGAUGUUAAAGCUGAUCCGAAGAAAGUGGAAAAGACUGAAAUACGAAAUGUAAUUACACCUGAUAAGGUAAAAAAUGAGAUUUAUAAAGAAUUUGCAAAAACUAAAGUAGGUAUGGAUGAAGGCAGCAGUGGGAGUGACACAGAUGACUACGGAGAAGAAGAUCUGAAAUCUUAUGACGAAAUUAUUGAAGAAUAUGGCGGAAAAGGUGACAAGGAUAAUGGGAAAAUUGAUUUCAUGGCUAAUCUUAGAUUAGCGACAUUAGAAGCGUACAAAGAAAAAGACCUGGAGCUUCAAGACAAGGUUUUGAGGAACGAUUCGGUGGCCUCAGCUUACGCGGCGGUGGGUAAACUGGACGUGCUGCUGAAUGUUCCUCAUGAUGAAGCAGUGGAGACGCCUGCAGAGGAAGACAAGCUACUGGAGGAUGUACAGCAGGAGAAUAGGACGGCCACGCAGAGGAAGAAAUUGUUCCUCUCCAAGUUAAAGCUUACGCAAGUCACGCAGAAGUAUAAAGAAGGUUACGACAAGGUGUGGCAAGAAAUAUUAAAAGAAAGAAAACGGCGGAACAGCAAUCCAGACUUAGAAGAGAAUUGUAAAGAAGCCCGUCUCGGGUUUGACCCCAACUGCCAACUGCGACUGCUGACUGAAAUCAAGAAAUGUGUUAACGAAAAUAACAACCUUAUCAAGAAGAGAUUAGACUCAGUUUCCAUUGUCGAUUCUAACGAUGAAAGCAUAAAAGUGCUAGCAGAGAAGAAUUUCUCUGAACUUAACCGCCUAUCCAAAAUGGCGGACCGCAGCGUCAAGCUGUUCAAAGCUCCGAACACAAGGAAACGAGAUCUAAACCCCGGCUUCGACAGCGAGAACAUUAAAAAGCCAAAUAUAAAGAUUCAGCAGCCGUACCAGAACUAUCCUAAGAUUAAGAUUCCGAGUAUUUCGAAGAUAAUAUCGUUGAAAUCGACGCAGGAGUGUCCGUCGGCGACGUCGACGCAGGCGACAUCUAUGGACGAGCCGCAGAACUCGGCGGCGGGCGUCACGGAGAUGUUCGAGGAGAAGACGAGUUCUGAGAAGACGAGAGACUUCUGCUGUCAAGUAGACGAACCUUCGUGGCCUGAGGUUGAAGCCCUAGUCAAGAGUUAUAGGGAUUAUGAUAUAGCUCGUCGAAAAGAGAUAGCGGACCUACACAAGCGCAACACUGCUCUAAAGAUAGAGGGCGCUCACAUCACGCGCUCGGCGUCGCGCGACUCCGACACCGCGCGCGCGCUGCUCGCCGAGCGGCAGCACCUCGCCGGCGAGGAGAACAACCUGCGCCUGUCGCUGCAGCGGCUGCAGAGAGCCAUCGAGGCUAUCAGGAACAGUUAAGAUUAGGAGCCCGAGUUUGUAUAUUGUACAGGGUGGCUUACAGUGUUUGUCAAAAGUUGUGAAAGUAACAUACAAUAGUUACAACAGUCUUCUAAUCACCUAGCAAGCUCUCUUGACGGCCUCUGACGUGAAACAAUAGUAACUGAAACAGGCACGUUAAACUAAAAAUAAAGUCGCGAUUUGUUUUUGUUAAUCUCGCAAAAUAAGCAUGAUUUACAUCAAUGAAAACAUGAGUCAUUGAUUGAUUUUCAGUAUCCCACGAGUCACAGUUUUACAAUAUUGUUACUUUGAUAUUAGAAAUUUAUUUACAUUGAUUUGUCAGCAACAAGUCUUUAAAUAAAAAAUGCCUGAACAUUGAAUUGAACUCUCCCACUAGCAAACACUACUGUCAAAAAUUACUUAAGUCACUGACUGUACCUAUCAAGAUGGAUCUUACGUGGCAGAAAUUGUAAAUAUCUUUAGUACGUAGUUUAAAAACUAUUUUCAUAUACUAUUUAGGUACUGAAAGGUAUCUAUUAUUGCAUCACUAGUGGCCUAGCCAGUUCAAAUGAUCAUUCAAACACUUUACAUACGUUAGUCAGUCAACAACUUACAAUUUUUUUUUGCCCUCAGGCAAUCAUAAAAUAAAAUGGAGUAGAUAUGAGUUGUAAAUAAUUUACCUAUUAGGCAAUUUAAUGUCAAAGUAGAAAGAACUGUCCAUUUUUGUUAAGUAGGUACAUUUUUUUAACAAAUUUUUGUUGCUUGUAUAUUUAAUGAAGAGCUAAGGUCCAACCUUAUAUAUUGUACUAAAAAUUGUGGUUAUAUGUUUCUGUCAAUUUAAUUGUAAUAUAAUAAACAACUAGUCACGUAUUUUAGGUAAUAUUUAUUAUUGUAAACGAUAACUCUUAAAUAAUAGAUUGAUUAUGCAAAACCCGUUUCUGUUUGGUUAUUUUAGCAUUUUUACUGUACCUAUCUACAGAGUGCUCAGUAUAUUUUAAAUACCUACAAAACAGAAGGCAAUUGAUAUCAUUUUGAAAAUUCAUAGGUCAAAAAAAUUAUCAUAAGAUGAGCAUGAGCACACUAUAGGUAGGCAAUAUUUUUAAGGUAUUUUAUACGCUUACCUCAUUCUUUCAUAAUAGAAAAUUGCUACAUACACUGCAUCGAAAAAUACACAGCUAAAAUAAAAAUAGUAAUUAUUAUUCUUUGAUAAUAAUGGCAUCCAAUGUAAAUAUGAACAUGAAAGUAGGCAGGUGCGGGUGCUUAUAAACUGCUAUGCGUAUAAAAUUUUAAUUUCAAUCAAAUUACUAAAGUUACGUUAUUAUUUAUCAUAAAAUGCUUGUAAUAAUGUGCCUCUUAUUUUAUAGUAUUUAUAAAUAAUGUAAUGUAAUAUACACAUUCUGAUCAGCAAUAAUAAUAAUAACGAACGUAUUUAUUCGAGAAGCGAAAAUUAUUCAUAAGAAAUGAAACAAUUAAAAGAUAAUCCACAUUUUU